AAUAACAAAAAAACAAAAUAAAACCAAAAUAAACUAAAACCUCACUCAGCGAUAUACUGAAUUGAUGACAUCACAUAUAAGUGUGAUUGUUCUGCUCUGUGCACUGGUUCUCUUGGAGGGUUGGGAUUGGAGCAGAGAGCACUAGGACCCUGCAGGCUCCAGGAGGAAAGUCACAUGGGAGGAGGAAAGUCAUGUGAGAGGAGGAAAGUCACAUGGGAGGAGGAAAGUCACGUGAGAGCAGGAAAGUCACAUGACAGGAGGAAAGUCAUGUGACAAGAGGAAAGUCAUGUGAGAGGAGGAAAGUCACAUGACAGGAGGAAAGUCACAUGGGAGGAGGAAAGUCACGUGAGAGCAGGAAAGUCACAUGACAGGAGGAAAGUCAUAUGACAGGAGGAAAGUCACGUGACAGGAGGAGGAAUAGCAAGUUGUGUGUGAGUGGAUGAGGAGAGACUGCAGAUACUUGCUUGAAAUAAAGAAGAGAGUUAAAAGAACCAAAAGUUAACAAUUUCCAGAUAAAAACAAGAAGUCUUCCAAUAAGAAAAAUCUGUAUUAGACUUAGGAAAAUCUUUAGCGCAAUGGACAGUUCAAACUUCCAGAAGGAACUUCGCUUAGUGACUCAAAGUUUCCCAUGCCUAAAGUGUGGGAAAAGAUUCUGGUCAAAAAGCUCCGUUAAAGCUCACCAGAGCAUUCACACCGGGGAGAAACCAUUCAAGUGCACAGAAUGUGGCAGAAGUUUCAGGCUAAAACAUACUCUUAAAAAACACCAGGCAAUUCACACAGGGGAGAAACCUUAUGUAUGUACUGAAUGUGGGAAACAAUUCCCUGCAAAGGAUCAUCUAGUCAUCCACCUGAAUAUUCACACAGGAGUAAAACCACACGUAUGUACAGAAUGUGGGAAAAGCUUCUCCCAGAACAGUAACCUGCACAACCGCUUUAAAAUUCACACAGGGGAGAAACCAUUUUCUUGCUCAGAAUGUGGGAAAAGUUUUCGUUUAAAGGUCGACCUCACCAGACAUCACACAAUUCAUACAGGGGAGAAACCUUUCACUUGUACUGAAUGUGGGAGACGUUUCUCUACAAGCAAUAAUUUUACUUCACACCUAAGAACCCACAAUUGAGAGAAACCUUUCACAUGUAGUGGAGUGUGGAAACAAUUCACUUAGAAGUUUGAAGGACACGUUCAAGUUCACACAGAAGAAAAUACUUUUCCGUGUUCAGAUUGUGGUUAAAGCUUUCAAGAGAAACGUUCAACUCCCAACACAACUCACACGGCAUUGAAACAUUUUCCAUACACGGAAUGUGUAGUUCUGUGUUCAGAGAGAUUCCUUACCAACCACCAGAGAAUUCACACACUGGAGAAUCUGUCCAUGAAGAUAAUUUGAGAAACCUGACUCUACAAAGUCCAUCCUUCAACAACAACAUACAAUUCAUACAGGGCAGAAACCUUUCCCACGAAUGUGGGAGACAUUUCUCUACAAGCAAUAAUUUUACUUCACACCUAAGAACCCACAAUCGAGAGAAACCUUUCACAUGUUCAGGAGUGUGGAAACAAUUCAGUUAUGAGGAUACGUUUGAAGAACACGUUCAACUCAACCAACACAACUCGCACAGCAUUGAAACAUAUUCUAUACACGAAAUGUUCUAUGUUCAGAGAGAUUCCUUACCAACCACCAGAGAAUUCACACACUGGAGAAUCUGUCCAUGAAGAGAAUUUUCAUGAAGAGAAACCAAGUCCAUCAUUCAACAACAGCAUAUAAUACAGGGGAGAAACCUUUCUCAGAAUGAAGUUUCUCAAGUAGUAGGUUUCAUCUCCUCCACCAGAACAUACAAGGGAAGAGAUACAGUCACUUAUUUCUCCUCCAGACUCUCUACUCUCUACUUCCGAUGAUGUCACUUCCGGUUUAUAAUGUCAGCACUUCCUGAUUCUUGAUGGUCAGCGGGUCGCGGGUCCGGGUUGCAGAGAA